GGCCCCUAAGCCAGAAUCAUCCUGUCUCUCUUAGCCCUCACCAGGAGUCCAGGAGGGCAUCAACCCUGCCCAGAUCUUGGCAACAUUUUAAAUUUCACUCAUCAGAGAAUACGCAAAUCAUAGUUUUCUCAAGCUUCUCAACAAUUCUCAAUAGGAGAGUAGGGUAUGAGCAAAUCAGACUAAAGAAAAAAAAUCUCCAGGAGAGGGGCGAACUACCAUGAACGCGCAGCUGCCACGGCGCACGCAUGCGCAGUAGGAAGCAGCUGCUCGGGAGGAAGUGGGAGGCCGGAAGGCCCGCCCCUCUCUCGGUUUGGCGGUCCUCUCUGCUCUUCCCCACUCCGCUCCCUUAGAGCCCGGAUUCGGCCGCGCGCUCUCGGUCCGGCGUUUUUCGCGGCUCCCCCUUGCGCCUGCGUGAUCCUGUCCUGCCCCACGCGCGGGCUCGCGCUCGGGCUCCCGCCCGGCCUCAGGCCCGCGACCCCCGGCCCUUCCCUUCGCGGUCCCGGCCGCCGCGCGUGGCGCCAGCACCAUGCUCUUCUAUUCCUUUUUCAAAUCCCUUGUGGGCAAGGAUGUGGUCGUGGAACUCAAGAAUGACCUGAGCAUCUGUGGAACCCUCCACUCUGUGGACCAGUACCUCAAUAUCAAACUAACCGACAUCAGUGUCACAGACCCUGAGAAGUACCCUCACAUGCUCUCAGUCAAGAACUGCUUCAUCAGGGGCUCAGUGGUCCGCUAUGUGCAGCUGCCGGCCGACGAGGUGGACACACAGCUGCUGCAGGACGCCGCAAGGAAGGAAGCCCUUCAGCAGAAGCAGUGAUGCCCCCGCUUCGGUGACCCAUAACUUGAUGUCCAGCUGAGGACAGGGACACCCUGCCCAGUGCUUCCGGUGUCUUUUGUUUUGUUAAUGUUUUUUUUUCUUUUUAAUUGAAUGGAUGAAAGGGAUGAUAGUGGGAACAACUAUCCUCUUGAGAAGGGAGGGUGAGAAAGCUGGGGACUGUAAACCUUUCCUGGUCCCCACCUUACUCUCCCUUUCCCUGGAGAUGGUGGGAGCUUCCUAGGUCUUUCCAGGGCAACACGUGAAUGGAAAGAAUCUGUCCCGCAUCGGGAAUAAAAUUUAUGAUCAGACA